UUAGUUCUGUAAAAACGUGAGAAAGGUAUAUGUAGUUAACCUAAGAGAUAAGAUUAAGAAAAUUAACUAUUUGUGUAUAAGUCUCUUGAUACGUGAAAAAAUAUAAGAAAAAUAUAAGUGUAUAUAAAUGUAUUUAUAUUUAUAUUGAAAAAUGUCGCAGCCAUCAGUAACAGCUUACUUUAAUAGUUGUAAAUCUAAGGUAUUAUUGUUGGAUCAAGAGCAUGUGAAAAUUAAUAAGGAGAGUGAACUUCAAACAAAAGUUCAAACUUUUCAAUCGUCCAAACUUUUAUCUGAAAAACAAGAAGAAACUAUGGUAUCGAGCCCAAAAGUUUCAUUGGUACAAGAAAUGAGCAAUGUUAAUAAUUCUACUCCUAAAGUAAAUUCCAAUACUUGCCACAAUCAGAUCGAUUCUAAGUUUUCUGCACAAAAAGCAAGUAAAGUCAUUACGCGUUCACGAGCAGCUCAGGCACAUAAACUGAGUCAAGCUGGUCAAGUAGAUAUUCGUGAAAGUUUUCUUAAAAAUAAUAAUGACGCUAAUGCAAAAAAAAUAUUAUUUAAAAAGAAAGGUAGUUUAAGUCCAAAAAAGAAGCAACCUACAACACCAAAGAAAAAUAUACCAGAGAAAAAGCAGACUACAAUCAAUGAAAAAAAUGAACCAACUAAUGUUGGAUUUACUACGUCCAAAAAGAUAACGAAUAGAGAUGACUCUAUUAAAAAAAAUUUGGAUUUGAAUGAGAUUAAAAAUAGGAUUAACAAAUCUAGCAGACUAGCAGAGUUGAAAGCUUCUAUUGAUCGUAUAAAAAAAUGUGAUCAACGUUUAAAUGAAUUUCAGAAACAAAAUGAUUGUAAUAAGCCUCAAAUACAGAAAUUUGAACAAAUUCAACUUGAAAUACCAAUUAGUCCUCAAAAGAACUUUAAAUCGCCAAAUAAGGGAUUAAUGAGUCCUAUAAAAAGUAAUAUGUUAGCUCAAACAAGUCCACAACGUCGUCUUUUAUUUGAACCUAAAGAAUCUACUAGUCCAGUAAAGAGUAAACCUGAUAAAACUCCAGCUUAUCAAAAAUAUUUGUCAAUUGUUGAAAGUGGUACACCAGGAUUACCAUUGCCAUAUAACUAUAGAUUCUUAGCAGAAAUUUUUAGAUCCACUGAUACGGUUUCAGCUAUGCUGUUUAAUCGUAAAGAAUUAAUAACAUUUAAAAAAUUAAAGCCAGCUGUUCAAGAACUUUUGCGACGCAACUUUACAUUGGACCAUCUAGCACAAAUAAAGACUAUUUAUCCUGAUGCUUAUAUCUUCCAUCAAGAAAAAAUUAGGUCAUUUGGUUCGACAUCUAAACAAGAUAAAUAUGAAUUAGUUUUAACACCAACUGUACAAGUAAAAAAUCUACCAAACGAGCCAAAUGAAGACAAUGUCUUACAGGCGGCAACAGACGUUAGCAUGAGUCCAGGCAUAUUGCUAGAAAGAAGAAGAAAAUUUUAUGAUAUUUUAUUAGAUAAAGUUAAGCAUGAGCAUGAGCAAUUUUUGCUAAAAUUAGAGGAACCAAUAGUCAUACCUAAGGAGAAAAUCAUACGUUGGCAUCCUGAGUUUGAUAUUGAAAGUUGCAAACCUAUUGAGCAAUCUGUAUUGCCACAACCACCUGAUGUAGAAAAAGCCACUUCUGCUAAACACGUUUUAGAAAAAGCAAAAUUAUUAUUCAAUUGUAAUACUCGUAUGGAAAAAGCUUUGCAAAGAUUGGCAGAAGCAAAAAUGACGUCAAAAUCUGAAUCUUCUUCGAAUAUAUCUUCUUCAAAUGAAUCUACUAAUGAUGCUAUGAGAAAUACUAAUACUACUGUUGAUACUCUACCAGUUACGUCAACUGUAGAAAAGAACUAUCUUGCUACAGCAUUUAAAGGCAUUCCAAAAGCUCUUCUUGAAAAGGUACGUGCAAAACAAGCUGCUAAAGCAUUAGAGAUGAUGACUCGGACUCCGGAUCUAGAUAAAGAGGCAACUCUAUAUUCUAGAUUACCCGAAUUAGCAAAGAUUCUUCGUAGUAUUUUUGUAGCUGAAAAAAAGGGAGUUUUACCAUUAGAACAUGUGUUAACAAAAUUAGACAAUUCGUUUAGAACUAAACUCACUGCAGCUGAAUUAAAUGAACACGUGCGAAGAUUAUGUAAAUUAUUACCUACUUGGGCUAGUAUACAUACUGUGCGGAAAAUAGAUUACUUAAAGCUUGCAAGAGAUGUUGAUUUGAAUAAAAUAAUUAAAAUAUUAGAAAUUGUAGCUAACGAUAAAGUGAAAGCAACAUGAAAUCAGUUAAUAUAAAAUCCAAUUUUUUAUGAUAUACUUACAUAUUUAUUUUAUGAUAUGCUUGCAUGGGUACAAUGAUAGUAAAUUAGCAUCUUAAGAUAAAUAUAGUUUCAUGUAAAUCAUGAAUAAAAAUAAUAUAUAAAAAUUAAGUUUUUUAAUUCCAGUUAUAUGUACGUAUGUCUAUGUGUAUUCAUAAAAUUGUAAUCAUCGUAUUGUUUUUUUUUCAAACAUAAUUAUA